GGGAUCGUGGUAGCACGCGGGAAGCCUGUGCGAGAUGGCGGUCGACACUCAGACCGUGUAGCACUCCUCGGAUCCGCCGUGUUUGUAACUUUCUGCCUUAUUCAUCCCGGCUUCUGACCCGAGACAUGGAGGGGGCAAACCGAACCUGACCCUGGUCUACCAGGCGGUCCAAGCCCUGUACCACGACCCGGACCCGGCCGGGAAGGAGCGGGCGUCGGUGUGGCUCGGGGAGCUCCAAAGAUCGAUGUACGCAUGGGAGAUCUCAGACCAGCUGCUGCAGCUCAAGCAGGAUGUGGAGUCGUGUUAUUUCGCUGCUCAGACGAUGAAGAUGAAGAUCCAGACAUCCUUCUACGAGCUUCCUCCCGAGACCCACAAUGCACUGCGAGACUCUCUGCUGACCCACAUCCAGAACCUCAAAGACCUGUCGCCCAUCAUCGUCACACAGCUCGCUUUAGCGAUCGCAGAUCUCGCUCUUCAGAUGGCCUCGUGGAAAGGAUGUGUUCACACGCUCAUAGAAAAGUACAACAAUGACAUCAGCUCCAUGCCCUUCCUCAUAGAGAUUCUCACUGUGCUGCCGGAGGAAGUUCACAGUCGAUCUCUACGAAUCGGAGCCAAUCGCAGGACAGAGAUCAUCGAAGACCUGGCGUAUUACUCCAGCACCGUGGUCACUCUGCUGACGACCUGCGUGGAGAAGACGGGGAACGACGAGAAGAUGUUCAUCAAAGUGUUUCGAUGUUUGGGCAGCUGGUUCAACCUCGGAGUCCUGGACAGCAACUUCAUGGCCAGCAACCAGCUGCUCAUGGUCCUGUUCCAAGUCCUGCAGAGGGAUGAAACGUCCACAAACCUCCACGAGGCGGCAUCGGACUGCGUGUGCUCGGCUCUGUACGCCAUAGAGAACGUCGACACGCACAUGCCGUUGGCUCUGCAGCUGUUCCAGGGCGUCCUGACGCUGGAGACGGCCUAUCACAUGGCUGUGGCCCGAGAAGACCUGGACAAAGUGUUGAACUACUGCCGCAUCUUCACCGAACUCUGUGAGACCUUCUUAGAAACCACCGUCAGGAGCCCGGGUCAGGGCAUGGGGGACCUGAGGACCCUGGAGCUGCUGCUGAUCUGUGCAGGACACCCCCAGUACGAGGUGGUCGAGAUCUCCUUUAACUUCUGGUACCGUCUGGGAGAACACCUUUAUAAAAUCAACGAUGCAGCUCUUCACAGCAUCUUCAGGCCGUACAUCCAGAGACUGCUGCACUGUUUGGCCCGACACUGUCAGCUCGACCCAGACCACGAGGGAAUCCCGGAAGACACCGACGACUUCGGAGAGUUCAGGAUGAGAGUCUCCGACCUCGUUAAAGACGUCAUUUUCCUCGUUGGAUCCAUGGAGUGUUUCUCACAGUUGUAUUCCACGUUGAAAGAAGGCAGCCCUUCAUGGGAGGUGACGGAGGCGGUUCUUUUCAUCAUGGCGGCCAUCGCAAAGAGUGUCGAUCCUGAGAACAAUCCAACGCUGUCGGAGGUUCUGCAGCAGGUGGUUCUACUUCCCGAGAGCGUCCACAUCGCGGUGCGUUACACGAGCAUCGAGCUGGUCGGAGAGAUGAGCGAGGUGGUCGACAGAAACCCCCGAUUCCUCGACCCCGUGCUGAACUACCUGAUGAAAGGUCUCCGGGAGAAGCCUCUGGCGUCGGCAGCAGCGAAAGCAAUCCACAACAUCUGCUCGGUGUGCAGAGAUCACAUGGCUCAGCACUUCCACGGUCUUCUGGAAAUCGCCCGCUCGCUGGACACCUUCGCCCUGUCCACUGAGGCCGCCGUGGGACUACUGAAAGGUACCGCUCUGGUCCUGGCUCGUCUUCCUCUGGAGAAGAUCGCCGAGUGUCUCAGCGACCUGUGUGCGGUUCAGGUGUUGGCUCUUAAAAAGCUUCUGACCGAUGAAUCAACAAAUGGUAAAUCAGCUGAUCCCACCGUGUGGCUCGACAGAUUGGCCGUUAUCUUCAGACACACAAACCCCAUCGUAGAGAACGGACAGACACACCCAUGUCAGAAAGUCAUACAGGAGAUCUGGCCUGUUCUGUCGGAGACUCUGAACACUCAUCAGGCUGAUAACCGGAUCGUGGAGCGAUGCUGUCGCUGUCUCAGGUUCGCUGUACGAUGUGUUGGGAAAGGCUCCGCCUCCCUGCUGCAGCCUCUGGUCACUCAGAUGGUGAGUGUGUACCAGGUGUAUCCACACUCCUGCUUCCUGUACCUGGGCAGCAUCCUGGUCGAUGAGUAUGGCAUGGAGGAGGGUUGCAGGCAAGGCUUGCUCGACAUGUUACAGGCUCUGUGUAUGCCGACCUUCCAGUUGUUGGAGCAGCAGAACGGUCUGAGGAAUCAUCCAGACACCGUGGACGACCUGUUCAGACUGGCCACCAGGUUUGUCCAGAGGAGUCCGGUCACUUUGCUCAGCAGCAGCGUCAUCAUACACAUCAUCCAGUGUGCCAUCGCAGCCGCCUCAUUGGACCAUCGAGAUGCCAACUGCAGCGUGAUGAAGUUUGUGAGAGACCUGAUCCACACGGGGGUCGCCAACGACCACGAGGAGGACUUUGAGGUGAGGAAGCAGCUGAUUGGUCAGGCCAUGGAGCAGCACGGCCAGCAGCUCGUCACUCAGCUGAUGCACUCGUGUUGUUUCUGUCUGCCGCCGUACACACUGCCCGACGUCGCCGAGGUGCUGUGGGAGGUCAUGCUGUUCGACCGACCUACGUUCUGUCGCUGGUUAGAGAACGCUCUGAAAGGUUUACCAAAGGAAACAACUGGAGGAGCCGUGACCGUCACUCAUAAACAGCUGACAGACUUCCACAAACAGGUCACCAGUGCGGAGGAGUGUAAGCAGGUGUGCUGGGCAAUCAGAGAGUUCACCAGACUGUUUCGAUAGCUGCAAGCUUCACACAACACAGGUUAAAUCUUUUGUUGACCAACUUUCAGAGGUGACGGCAAAAAGCUGCGACUGCAGACGACGAUCCAAACGGACGAGACGAAACGUAAACAGGAUGAUGAUGGAGGAGAGACUUUGAAUGUGAAACAGGAAGCUGCACUCUGAAGGGACAGAGUGAAGUCCUCCAACCCCGACCCCUGACCUCACCUGCAGCAGGUGUCAGGUGGACGGGGUCGGGUCCUGCAGGUGGGCGGGGUUGACAAAGUGAACUGUUGUGGAUCAGUCCUGUUGGAUCCUCAUCAGUUAUAAAUCGUAGGACGUGCCUGGUCAACAGUUUUUAAGAGAAGAUUUAUUUUUGGGACUUUGGUCAAGAUGUUUUUUUGUCCGUGCCAUACAAAGAGCCAAAAGAUUUCCCAUAAUGCUCUUGGCUGAGCGGCUGCCUGUACAGGCUGAUUGCUGGAGGAUUUGGCGUCACCUUUGACCUUUUAACUUUGAUUGAAUUUUAGUUGUGUUUUUUUUUCCACAAAGUGAGAUGGAGUGAACUCUGAGCAAGGAGACAGAGGGACUGACACCAUGACAUCAUCGGUGAUGUAGCCUUGUUGAAAACAAUAAAAAACAGCUGAAAUGA